GAAGGUGGCAGAGGAGGAGCAAGACACGUGACUGCAUGGCCGCAGCAAAGAACGGGCAGGCAGGCAGGCAGGAGGAACGUCUGAAUCCAGCGGUGUGCGAAAAGCGGUGAGAGAGUGAAGAAUGAUGUCUGAGUGUGGACUGAAAUUGCCCCCUCCUUCCGGCAUCAAGCAAGAGUUUUCCAUAGAGUCAAACCAGAUGUCGGUGACCUUUGAAGAUGUGGCCGUGUAUUUCACGGAGGGCCAGGGGGCUCUGUUGGAUCCAGAUCAAAGGGCCUUCUACAAGGACGUCAUGAUGGAGAAUUAUGGGAACGUGGCUUCGUUGGGCUUUCCGGUUGCCAAGCCAGAGCUCAUUUCCCAGCUGGAACGUGGGGAAGAGCCGUGGGUGCCGGAUUCUCCGGGCUUGGAUGGAAUGGAGAACAGCAGUGACUCAGCAGGUGAAGGUAGAAAAAAGCAGUCAUGUGGGUUACAAUUUAUUCAGAAAUCAGCUCUCGUGUCCCAUGAGAGAAUCCACACAGAAGAGAAAGUGUAUAAAUGUGCUGCCUGUGAGAAGUGUUUUUCUCGGAAAUCACGUCUCGUGAGCCACCAGAGAGUCCACACAGGAGAGAAGCCCUAUGAAUGCUUGGAGUGUGGGAAAUGUUUUGCUCAGAAAUCAGUUCUCGUGACCCACGAGAGAGUCCACACAGGAGAGAAACCGUACGAAUGCUUGGAGUGUGGGAAGGGUUUUGCUGAUCCAUCAGCUUUCUCAAAGCACCGGAGAGUCCACACAGGAGAAAAACCCUAUACAUGCUUGGAGUGUGGGAAAUGUUUUUCUCUGAAAUCCCAACUCAUGGUUCACCACAGAGCUCACACGGGCGAGAAACCCUAUAAAUGCUUGGAGUGUGAGAAAUGCUUUGCUUGGAAACCAAAACUCAUGGUCCAUCGAAGAGUCCACACCGGGGAGAAACCUUAUAAAUGCUUGGUAUGUGGGCAGUGUUUUGCUAAUCCGUCAGCCUUUUCAAAACACCGGAGAGUUCACACAGGAGAGAAACCCUAUAAAUGCUUGGAAUGUGGGACAUUUUUUGCUCGGAAAUCGCAUCUUAUGAACCACCAGAGAGUCCACACAGGAGUGAAGCCCUAUAAAUGUUCAGAUUGUGGGAAGUGUUUGUCCGAUCCAUCAUCUCUUGCAAGACACCAGAGAAUCCACACAGGAGAGAAACCCUAUAAAUGCUUGGAGUGUGGGAAAUGUUUUGCUCGAAAAUCGUACCUUAUGAAUCACCAGAGAGUCCACACAGAAGAUAAACUGGAGGUCAAAUCCUGCCCUCUUGGUGCCCAAAUCCAACCCUCCACAGUUUCCCAAGUGGGCCCAUCCCUUCCCCUGGACCCACCGCCUUUGCUCCAACCACUGAUGAUUUUGUGGUUUCCUGACAUUACUACAGCUCUAAAAAGUUGAAAUUCCUCUUCUAAGACUUAGUUCCUGGCAGUAAUAGUUUUAAGCUAUAAUAGGUUGCCAUUCUUGGUUCCACCUCCUUUGCUUUAGGCUUCCACCCUUUUGCCUUCAGGCCCGUCCAUCACUGGAAUGUAGCCCCUGAGAACUUGUCUGAAAUUGAAUUUGGCCCUCGGUCUGGAAGAUGUCCCCCACCCCUGACUUGCAUCCUAAGCCACAGUAGAGGUGCAUGAUGGAAACGGUAGUGUUGUAGAUGUGUAUUGUCAUGACUAGGCCUGUUCCCCUUAGGCUGGGGGAAGAAGUUUCAGGCAAUCAAUCAGAAUCAGAUUCUGAAGCAGAAGAGACAGCGCCAGAAACAUACCAACCUACACGGGGAUUGGGGGAGGUGACUCUCACGGGCUCUUUACCAGCUGGGAAUGAACCUGCACCAUACCUUAUCUCUGAAAAUGUUAACAGCACAGUCUGUGGGAAAUCAGUGUUCUUCCAAGGGGGAGGGCACUUCAGGGCUAGCUGAUCCUAGUGUCCUCCGCAGACUCAAAUGAGUGAAGCUAAAAGAAGGCGAGAGAAGGUCGGCCCGGCUAGCUUCUCACCAAAGGCUUCUUCAGACCCAGCCUCCUUGAAGUUAAAGCAUUUUGGGAAAAGGCUUUCCGUUAUUCCUGAAAGGACAAUUGUCUUGCUUAGUUUUCAUAGUUUUGCCUAGAAGAAAGUUCCUAGAGAUUAGACUCUCGAGGUAGGA